AUGAAAGAGCAAUUGAGUUUGAAGAUGUUGAAGGCAGGUCUAGUGGAACUAGCCCUUGGGCUCAUCAUCUUCAUUAACUUCACAGCCCAGUGCCAUGGUGCACUCCCUUUCGGUUUUGACAAUCGAAAAGGCGGCCGUGCAUCGCAGUUUGGUUUUGAUAACCGAAAUGGCGGUCUUGACUCGCAAUUCGGUUUCGACAAUCGAAAAUGUAAUGGCAAAGGAGGGCAUUGCCUUGUUAAAAAUGGUGCAUUACAGUUCGGUUUCUACAAUGGAAAAUGUAAUGGUGGAGACGUUGAGGCUAUUGUAGGCGGUGUCAUUCAGGCAUGGUUCAAGAAGGACGCCACGAUUGUCCCCGCUCUCCUACGCAUGCAGUUCCAUGAUUGCUUUGUAAAUGGAUGUGAUGCAUCCAUCCUACUAGAUGGGAACAACAGUGAGAAAACUGCACCUCCAAAUUUAAGUGUGAGGGGUUAUGAAAUUAUCGAUGCAGCGAAAGCCGCCCUGGAAGCAAAGUGCCCGGGAGUAGUUUCUUGUGCUGAUACAAUUGUUAUUGCCGCUAGAGAUGCAGUGUCUUUGGGUGGAGGAGGGAGAUACGCUGUGCAAACAGGGCGAAGAGAUGGUCUUGUAUCUCUUGCUCAAAAUGUAGAUCUCCCAGCUCCUUCUAUAUCUGUGUCUGAUUCCAUCAAUGCAUUUGCCAAGAAAGGACUUGGUGUCGUGGAUAUGGUUUAUCUUCUUGGUGGUCACACAGUUGGAGUUGCACAUUGUUCACUCUUCAAAGAUCGUCUCUAUGAUUUUCAGAACAAUGGAAUGCCUGACCGGACCAUGGAUCCUAUGUUGUUAAACAUAUUGAGAUCUCGGUGUCCUCAGAAUGCAACAACUGAUAGCACUGUUAAUUUGGAUCAGAACCCUAAAAGUGCCUUGGUUGUGGAUAAUUCCUUUUAUCAACAAAUACUACUGCAAAGAGGUAUCCUUCAAAUUGAUCAAGAGCUGGCUUUGGAUCCACAAACCAAGGGAUCAGUGAUAUAUGCUGCCCGUGGCUUGGAUUUUCAAACCAAAUUUGCUCAGGCCAUGGUUAAGUUGGGUGCAGUCCAAGUUCUUACUGGCACACAAGGGGAGAUAAGGACUUCAUGCCGAGUUGUCAAUAACCAUUAAAAAUA